AUGGAUAUCUUGAAACGUUGUUGGACGCCACCAGAAAAUUACAACUUUAGUGAGGAUGCUAUUGCUGUUGGAUCAAAGAGAAAAUUUAACCAUAGUUGGUUACAGGCCUAUGCUCCUUGGCUUGCGUAUUCGAAAAUACUGAAAGGAGCUCUUUGUUUGUACUGUGUUCUGUUUCCACCGAAAAAAGUCCAAGGUGUUUUAGGUUCAUUUAUCAUCAAACCUUUUACACGAUACAAAGACAUUCACGAGGGCUGUAGAAACCAUAUUUCCAAUAAUUGGCACCAAGGAGCAACCGAAGCAGCUAAAAGUUUUGUGGAAGAAGUACCUAUAAAUAUUAUGAUGGUAUCCGGACACCAAAAAAUACUAGAACAAAAUCGAAAGAUUAUUUCGUCCAUAAUUUCAAAUGUACUAUUUUGCGGAACCCAUGAUCUACCCUUUAGAGGAAAAGGUCAAAAUGAAGCUGGUGAUCAGUAUCUCCAAAACCAUAUCGAAAAGGGCAAGCGAAAUUCCAUCUACACAUCUCCGCAAAUUCAGAAUGAAAUCAUCAAUAUAAGUGGAACAGUAAUCAAAGAUUGUAUUAUUAAUGAUGUUAAAAAGGCUGUAGCUUUCAGUAUAAUGGCAGACGAGACCGCUGAUAUCUCAGGAACAGAGCAAUUGUCUAUUGGGAUUAGAUUUUUUGAUGAUGAGAAAAGGGCUAUCAGAGAAGAAUUUUUAGGCUUCAUUGAACUACAUGCCACGGAUGCUGUUAACAUAGCUAGUGCAAUGGAUCAUUUUAUUCAAAACGAAGGUCUCGAUGGAACGAAGCUUGUUGGACAAGGCUAUGAUGGUUGCGCAACUAUGGCAGGGAAAAUCAAUGGAGUGCAAACAAUUUUACGAGAAAAAUAUCCACAUGCUCUAUUUUUUCACUGUGCAAGUCAUAAAUUAAACUUGGUGGUCAAUGAUUUAAAUUGUGUUCCAGAAAUACGUAACACAAUUUCAACGGUAAAGGAUAUCAUAAACUUUUUUCGCGAAUCUGUUUUACGUAGAAAAUGUAUCCCGAACAUACCAGCAUUCUGUGAGACACGAUGGUCUCAAAAAUAUAGAAGUAUUUCAAUUUUCAAAGAAAAUUUUGAGAUAAUUGUACAUGCUUUAGAUAAAUUGUCAAAAGAUGGGAACACUGCAACAAGAAAAGUUGCUUUUCAAUUGUAUGCUGUAGCAAAUAAAAGUAUUUUUAUAAUGAGUGUUAUCCUCAUAGCAAAAUACUCUAAAUUAUUAGAGCCUGUUGUGAAUGCUUUACAAUCAAAAAAUCUGGAUUUGCUGAAAUGCUCAAAUUUUAUAAAAAAAAUAGUAGUCAUGGUGAAAGAUCACCGCGAACACGCUGACACAGAAAUUAAAGAAUUAUUAACUGCUGCAAACAUAGCAGCUGAGAAUAUAGGAGCAGAAAUUAAUCUUCCUAGGAUUGUUAAACAACAACAACAUCGUUCGAAUCCUCCAGCGUUAAAUUCGGCUGAAUUCUGGAAGAGAUCAUUACUAAUUCCAUACUUGGAUUCAUUAAUAUCCUCAUUGGAACGGAGAUUUUCUGAUGAAAACAUACCUGCUUUUUCACUUUUAUUAUUACACCCUUCAAAUAUGUUAGAUAUGAACACCAAAGAAUUUAAACUUAAAAUAAAUGAUUUUGCCAAUUAUUACCAAAUUAAAGACUUGGAAAGUGAAGCAGAAUUAUGGUACAACAUCUGGAAGGAGAAAAAACUGGCUAAAAGCAAACUAUCAGACAUGGAAAUGAGUGAAGUAGUAGAAGAAACAGAUAUUUUCUUUCCUAAAAUAAAACAAGCCUUGCAUAUUUCUUUAGCUCAGCCAUGUACAACUUGCACUAUUGAGAGGUCAUUCAGUACGUUAAGAAGGGUAAAAACUUGGUUGCGUUCAACGCUGACGGAAAACCGUCUGAAUGGUCUAUGCAUACUAAGUGUGCAUAGAAAGCUGCUAGAUGAAAAAAAGGAAGAGAUGCAACAGAAAAUUCUCAGCAGAUUUUGCGAAGACUCUAGACGAUUGUCAUUAUUCAUUGAGAAAGACGACGUUGAUUAUAAAGAAGGCAACAGUUGUUCCAGGUCACUUAGCGAGUCGUCAUCGGACUUUCGCACCAGGACCAAGACUCAUUAUUGGCGCAGCAAACUGCCACAAAAGUGUCGGAGUAUGGAUUAUGAUUAUUAUAUGCAUGCAUUGAAAGUGAUCGCAGUGGCAGAAUCAUUUGGCUAUCUGAACCCACCAAGAUCAGAAAGAUCAUUUUGGAUUCAUCCAUUUAAUGCAGUACGGGAAACUAAUAAUCGUUUUUUUUCUUUUUAUGGAGAAAUUCGAAAGUAUCCGAGCAAAUUUUCUGAAUAUUAUCGAAUGUCAAUUUCUUCAUUUGACGAACUAUUAGAAAAACUACGUCCCCACAUAAGCAAGAAAAUCACCAAGUUCCGACGUCCGGUGUGUCCAGAAGAAAGAUUGACUAUUACAAUCAGGUAA